AUGGCGUACACCGAAAUGUCGCACGUGUUACAUGCUGGUCCUCUGGGCUAUCUGGAAGGUCUCACAAUCUCAUCGAGUAACACGCCAAGUCUACACUACUUUGGAGGCCUUCACUAUGCUUUGCCUCCAACGGGCACUCAUCGCUUUCGAUUACCUCGUAAACUUCCACCAGGCUAUAUUUAUGGCACCAAAGAAGCUCCAGGCCAGCACACCGGAGGAACCAACCUCUGUCCACAGCCACCAAGUCGACUCCCGCUUCCUUUGUUCUUGUUCGAUGAGGAUUGCUUGCAGCUGAACAUCUGGAUCCCAGCUGGCGAGGCACCAAAAGAUGGCUGGCCGGUGUUCUUCUACCUGCAUGGCGGUUUCUUGCAAUGGGGCACUGCGAACUGGAAACCGUCUUCUCUUGUGCCGUUGCUUGGGGAUUCCGCUUUUCGUGCCAUAGUCGUCCUUCCUGCCUAUCGGUUGAACGCGUUUGGGUUCCUGACAGGGAAGGCUUUUGCGGAAGAGCAAUCGACGGACGGAGCGAGUAUUGGUAACAUGGGACUCUGGGACCAAAGAGCGGCGUUGGAAUGGGUUCGUCGCAAUAUCGCAAACUUUGCUGGCGAUGCCGAUAACAUUACUGUUGCUGGGUAUUCGGCAGGUGCAUACUCCACUUUCCAUCAGCUGGCUCACGAGCUCUAUCGAGUUCCUGCUCAGGAACGUAUCAUCAGGCGGGUCAUCAUGCUGUCUAAUGGUGCCGGGCUCAAACCCAAGACUCUCAGCGAACAUCAGGCCCAAUUUGAUGAGUUUGUCGAGAAACUCGACAUACCCUCCAACCUCGAGGACUCUGCUAAGCUAGCCAAGCUCCGAGGACUACCCUAUCAGCAACUGGUAGACGUGCAACAGAAGAUGAAGAUAUCAGAGUUCAGGCCUGUCGCUGACAGUAGAUUCUACCCAGAAGACCUGUUUGCUAGGAUCAAUGAAGGAGACUUUGCCCGAAGGAUGCAAGAAUGUGGGAUCACCAUUCUCAGUGGAGAGUGCAGAGACGAGCACACAGUCUACAGAAACUGGCGCACACCAGGAAACUCACUCGACUCACUGCGUACACGUCUCUAUGCAGAAUACCCCAGAAACGAUGUAGACAAGGUUCUACGUCACUAUUGCGGCUUGGAAGAAGAGCUUCCUUCGCACUGCGAAAAUUGGCAAGAUCUUUUUGGCCGCAUCUACGCUGACCUACAAGUCCAUCACCUCCAGAGAGGCUUCUUCAACGCUCUCUUUCAACACGGACUUCGUCCAGGCAAGGAUGUAUUGCGCUAUCGGUUCGACCGACGCUUGAUGUGCGUUGACGCAACACUGCCACCAGAAUGGGGCGUCACACAUUCCUCCGACGUGCCAAUCUGGUUGUGGGGCUCUGACUUUCCUGGCGGCUUGACCGAUCAAGAGAAGGUGUGGUUGAGAGAUUGGAAUGAACAGUUUGCGAGGUUUGUGAAUGGUGAGGAGGUGACCUGGGGAACCGGAUCGCCGAAACAUGUAAGGAGGUGGAGGAGCGAUGGUGAAACGGAUAUAUGGGAAGAUGACAUGUGGGAGCAAGGGAUCGAAGUUUGGAAUAUCGUACAUAGCGGUCCAUAG